AUGUUUCGCUUCUUCGAGACCCGCUACGAGCGCGAGUUUGCCGCGACCGCGCUUCGCCACCGCAGUCGCAAGGCUCGCGACUUGUUUGUCCCAUUUCUGUACAACGCCUUCAUCAUGGCGCGGCCAUGGCAGGCGUCGCCGAGGUUCCUGCCGUACCUGCUGGAGCUGCACCGGAGCCGACGGGAGGCGCGCACGGACGCGAUGCCGCCGACGCAGAUCGUGCUGGACAACUUCGACGGCUGCGGCCCGGCAUCGCUGCGCGGUGGCUCUGUGGCCUCCGAGUGCAUGUUUGGCAAGUUCGGGAACAACCUAGAGGAAAACGAAGCGGUGAUGGAGCGCGUGCGGCAGACUAACCCGCUGUACUUCAACAUCAACGCCGGGUUCAGCACGGCGGAGGCCGCGGCCCAGCUGCGCAGCUUCCUGCACGGCAAGUUUCCGACCCCUGUCUACCUGGAGAUGGGUGGAGCCCCGACCGCGGGCGAGGACGUCGCGUACGGCGCGGAGGAGGGAGCGCUGUCGAGGCUGUUUGGUGACCUGAUGGCGCUGCCGGUGGUGUGUGUGGUGUCGUACGAGGAGGGCGUGUGCCCGCUUGUGCGGAGCCUUGCGCUUGCGUUCGCGGGGCACCACCGCGGCGGCGUGCGGGUGAGCGUGGAGCAGCACGGCGGCGCGACGCUGCGUGAGACGCGUGCGGCGCUUGGGCACGGCGUGGUGAGCGCGAUGCCCGCGCCUGCGUGCACGUACGGCGAGCGUGUGCGCGUGGGGCUCGCGACGGGUGGUGAGGACAUAUCGGACAUUGCGCGGCGUGCCCUGGACGCGAUGGGCGGCGGCGUGGAGCUGCCGGCGACGUGCGGCGGCGGCGGCGCUGGGCUGCGUGUGCGCGGGUUCGUGGUGGACGCGCGGACGCGUGGGGUGCCUGUGCGGAGCGCUGCUGCGCUGCGCGAUGCGCUCGCGGCGCCUGCGCAGACGCUGUCGCUGGAGGACUUCCGCGCCGUUGCUGUUGGGCCGUCGGAGCGCGACGUGGUGCUUGUGGUGUCGCGCGAGGACGCGGACGCGAAGGCGGUGCACUGGGUGAACGGCGCGUCUGAGAGUGACCUGCUCGUGACGUACCCGCUACCUGUGGAGGCGUACGAGGACAUGGGCGCGGAGGUGCGGUGGUCAGCCCCGUAG